CGGAUCAGGAACUAUUCUCUGUUUAUCUGAUGUGCAGAAGCCGAUAGCGCAACUUGAGAGCUUAACACCCCUUACCUUUUCGAGUUUCCAUUGCGAACAUACCGCCGCCAUGACCCGGAGCAGAUGUAUACCAGGAAACCCUGGCGGUUAGUAGGCAUUCUAUUCUGCGAGUGACGGGGCAUAUUUAGGAACUGUUGCACCUUCACGGGAGUCUAAGUUCUUAUCCAUCAACUAUACCAUCCGCAUCUAUUCGUUGACUGGUCCCUGAGUUAUCCACCAUGUCCGACUCGUACGUGGAAGUCAUGAGUCGUCACCAAGCUGAAGCUUCUAGACUCGAUCAGCAGUUUGAUCUGCUCACCAAAAACCUGAGUUACCUUGUGCAUCCUGAAAUCGCCCAGCGGCUGCCCCCAAAUCCUCGGAUCGCCGAUGUGGGCACUGGCACGGGGAUCUUCCUCCACAUGUUAGCGCCCGUUUAUUCAUCCGCCACGCUAGAUGGAUAUGAUCUUUCGCCAGCCCUAUUCUAUCCUCCCUCUAGCCGCCCACCUAACGUCAACCUAUCUACCCUGGAUGCUCGGCAGCCCGUGCCUCCGGCAUUACGUGGCACUUAUGACUUAGUGCAUGUUCGCUUGAUAGCAGCUGGUCUGCAGCCAGAUGAAUGGAGCAGCGUAGUACAGAACUUGGCACAGCUUUUGAAGCCUGGGGGUGCGAUGCAGUGGGAGGAGUGCAAUUUCAUUGGAGUCCAACACUAUCGUGGCCAGCCGGAAUCGACAGUCGCAGCGGCACGCUUCAUGGGACGUUUGUUCCGGGAUGGCCUGCAGACUCGGUUCUCACACGGCUGGUCUACUCUGCCGCAGGAUAUGAAGGCCGCUGGAUUGGAGCAGGUGCAGGAGGACAUUGUCAGCUCGGAUCGACUCCCGGAAACGCGUAAAGCCCUGACAGCAAACGGAAUGACUGCGAUAUUCUCGUGGGCACGACUCAUGGCCUCGAAGGGCGCUCCCGGCGCCUUGAGCUCAGAACGGCUGGACGAACUGGAGCGUCAAGCAGAGGCAGAUAUCCAGUCGGGUUGCUACGUGAGGUUUGACAUUCAUGUCUCGUGGGGAUUCCUUCCAAAUCCGUAAACAAGGAGAUCUUCUAUACUCAAACUCUGUCAUUAUAAUGCAAGAA